AGCCUCGGGACAGUGUGUCCCCGCCCGGCCUGGGGCAGGAGUGGGGUCUGCAGGCUGUUUUUCUGCUCCCACAUGCUUAGCCUCCCUCCGCAGCCCCUGUGCAAAUACUUGGGGGGAUACAUUCAUGUUUUACACCUGUGACGUCUCCAGAAGGUAGGAUGGCUUUCUAGGAGGACUGGUUUAAUCAGAUGCUACUUUUUCUUUUCCCUCCCUAGGUGCUGAAACAUGAAUCCUGCAUUCCUCUUGAUUGCCCUUUACUUGGGAAUAGCUUCAGCUGCUCCAAAACUGGUUGGAAGUUUAGAGGCACACUGGCACCGGUGGAAGGCAACUCAUGGGAAAGUCUAUGGCCCGAAUGAAGAAGGAUGGAGGAGAUCGGUGUGGGAGAAGAACAUGAGGAUGAUCGACCUGCACAACCAGGAAUACAACCUCGGGAGACAGGCCUUCACCUUGGCAAUGAAUGCUUUUGGUGACAUGACCAACGAAGAGUACACGCAGGUGAUGAAUGGCCAUCAGAACCAGAAGCACAAGAGGAGGAGACUGUUCCGGGAACCUUGCGCCGCUGAGAUCCCCCCAGCCGUGGACUGGAGGGAAAAAGGCUAUGUGACCCCCGUGAAGAACCAGGGUCACUGUGGUUCUUGUUGGGCAUUUAGUGCAACCGGUGCCAUUGAAGGACAGAUGUUCCGGAAAACUGGCAAGCUUGUCUCAUUGAGUGAGCAGAACCUUGUGGACUGCUCUCAGGCUCAAGGCAAUAAGGGCUGCAAUGGUGGCCUAAUGGAUUAUGCCUUCCAGUAUGUGAAGUGCAACGGAGGCCUGGACUCGGAGGAGUCCUAUCCGUAUCAAGCAAAGGAAGGACCCUGCAAAUACAGGCCCGAGGAUUCUGUGGCCAAUGUCACCGGCUUCGUGGACAUCCCUCCGCAGGAGAGUGCCCUCAUGAAGGCAGUGGCAACCGUGGGGCCCAUCUCUGUUGCCAUCGAUGCGAGCCAUUUUAGCUUCCAGUUCUAUCAAGACGGCAUUUAUUACGAGCGGCACUGCAGCAGUGUGAAUCUGGAUCAUGGCGUCCUGGUGGUUGGCUAUGGCUUCGAAGGAGAAGACUCAAGUGGCAAUAAAUAUUGGAUCGUCAAGAACAGGUACAAGCUGCUGAAAGUACUUCUAUUUGAAAAGAAAGACAUUUUUGGAAUCACUAUGUGGAUACAGGUCUUCAAACUCUUGAGCACACUUCUGAAAAUCGAGAAGUCUUUUUUCUUCUUCUUCUUUUUUUCUUUAUAGUCCUAUUUAUU